GAAAGUAUUAACCUAUUUAUGAAAUAAAAUUAACCCAGCUUUAAUUUUUUUUUCUGUAAAAAUUAAACCGUCCUUUGGGUUAAACAACCCAUUUCCUAGGUUAAAAUUAACAACCUGGGUUAGUUUAACCUAAAGUGUGUUCUGUCCUAUAUUUUGCCAGCCGUUGGGCUACAACUAACCCAGUUUGGAUUGUUUUUAACCCAGUGGCUUUUUUUUUUUUUUUUUUAGUGUGAGGUUUGGUUUUCUGUCUGUGGGGAGUUUAGCAUGUUCAUGUCUCUGUAUGGGUGUUUUCUGGUUUUCUCCCUCCUCCUAAAUACGUGCUUGUUGAUGGAACGGGGCCUCCAAAUUUUGUGUGUGCCUGGUGUCUUGGGCUUGCCUGCUGUCCCAUCCAGGAUGUAUUCCUACCUUACCCAGGAUAUCCUCCGGAUCCAUUUGACAAGUGAAAUUGUGGCUUAUUUGAAAUUAUAUCACAACCCUGUUGAACUCUUGAACUUGAAGUUAAAGAAGAAUUUUUAGUGUAUUUACAAUUGCUCUGAAAACACUAACAAGCCUUUUUCCUGCCCCAAACUUUCACAUGCCUCGCUCUGUGUUCAAACUUGGAAUACCUGUGAGCUGCCUCUAUAAGAUAAAAGGGUAAAACUAGGGGUAGCUGUUCCAGCUGGGGCAGAAGUUUAAUUUCCAGACCCGGAGGGGGGGGGGAAUGAAUGCAGUACUAUGGUCGAAAAACUAUCCUGAUCCAUUAUGUAACGUUGUUCUAGAUCAUCUUUAUUUAUAAAUUAUAGGCUAUAAUUAGUAGGUCUACAGGUCUAUAAACAAAAACCUUGAAAACAUUACAAACUGCACCUUUAACAACCUGACAUUUGAGGAAAGUGUGCAGUGUUAGUGGUGAAAACGGAUGAAUAAUUUGAAUGCAUCUGUCAUAAAUGUGAAUGAUUUUUUUUUUUAAAUUAUAAUUGCAGUAAUGUAAAUGCAUGAAUGUGAUAUUGGAUAAGGUGGUAAAUCGUGCAAGCUCCAACUGAUAGAGUAUCCUGUGAUCAGUGUAUUGAUCAUAAAAAAAUCAUAAAAACAACGCAGCGUUUUCUAAACCAAGGAUCCACACAGGAGCGCGCGCGAGAGGAGGGCCGAUUCCCAAAUACAUUCCCACCCCCUACAUAAAUGCACUGCGUAGGGUGUGAACUAGAGGCUUGUACAUCCUACGUAGUGCACGACAUGUCCAAUGGAGAUGCAUUUGGCACCAGGAGUAAGAGAGAAUCGGAGCGAUAACGGAACUCCUCCAUUGUUUUCGUGCACAUUCCUGUCCUCACAGCGGGGCGCUCCGUCCGCCUCGCGCAUUGGCUGAGCGCAGAGCUGAACUCCGAGCGCCUGCGUCUCUGCUUUAGUAUUUUUAGGUCGGACCGUGGUGAGCAGUGCAGUGCUGGUGCUCGGGGUGGAAAUUGCAGCACCUCGUCUCCCCCGUUCAUCGUCAGCAUCCAAGCUAUACGGAUUGGACGCAGUCACGCGCAGCUGCGCGAGCGCCGAGGCAGUGCGGUGGGGAAUCGGGACAACGCCGAGGACUUUCUCUGGACAUGGCCAGUGCUGACGAGGGCUCCAGUUCCCGGUCGGUUCACCACGAAGCCACCGAGUGCAGCUCGGGACCAGCUUUUCAGGAGGCGCAGAAAUGGAUAGAGGCAGUGACGGGGAGAACGUUUGGUGAGAAGGACUUCAGGAGCAGCCUGGAGAAUGGCAUUCUACUGUGCGAGUUGCUGAGUUCCAUCAAACCAGGACUUGUGAAGAAGAUUAACAGACUCCCGACCCCCAUUGCAGGACUGGAUAAUCUCACCGUGUUCCUGCGGGGAUGUGAGGAGUUAGGACUAAAGGGAUCACAACUGUUCGACCCAGGAGACCUGCAGGACAUGUCUAUACGUGCCAACCUAACGGGUUCAGAUUGCAGUCGGAAGCUGAAGAAUGUACUGAUCACUAUUUACUGGCUGGGCAAAACUGUAAACGGUUGUGCGUCAUAUUGUGGUCCAACGCUUGACCUAAAAGAGUUUGAAGGCCUUUUGUCCAUGAUGAGGAAGGAGUGUGUGAACGAGGAGCCUGACUCCCCUAAGCGCAGUGUACGAGACAGUGGAUGUGUGGACAACUGGGAAUCGGAGCUUUCCGAUUCGUUGUCAUCUCCGAGGCAUAGACGUGAGGAUUCCUUUGACAGCCUGGACUCCUUCAGCUCGCAAUCACAGCCCACACCUUCCCCCGAUACUGUGCUCCGUCCUAACUGCGAUGAUUUGGAGGGAGAUCACAGGAAGCUGCCAGACGUGCUAAAGGACGACAUGUCUGCCCGCCGUGUCUCCUAUAAAGAGCCCCGUGCUGCGCUGCCGUUUAACCAGUACCUCCCCAACAAGAGUAAUCAAAGCACGUUCAUGCCUGCUCAGCUGAAGAAGAGGAGGAGCGAACGUGAUGAAGAACGCAGGAGCGGCAGCAACUCCACCUCCCCCAUUAGAGAGGAGUGUGUUGGUAUUUCAAGCGAGAUGCCUCUUGCCCUCCACUCCCAGAAAACUGUGACCUGGGCAGUUGAGGGAGGGGCGGAGCCUCAGCUGGAUGAGGUAGAACAUAAGAAGAUGAGAAAGUUAGAGAAGGCGGGUAUUAAAGUGUUGCCUGCUUCUGCGCGAUACAGCAGUCCUAAGGUGACUGCCGUAGAGCCCGAGCAGGCUAAAUCUCCGUCUCCUGACAUCAUCCGUCGAUGCGAUAACAACUUCCUGCGGGGCGAACAAACACACGAGUGGGACGAGGACGACGAUGAUGAUGAUGAUGAGGGCAAAGAAAGAGAUAGAAAGGUCCCAGAUAUCCAAAAGGACGACCUUGCGUCCAGGAGGGCGCGCAUGAACCGACCAAAACCCAGUGUCGCGCAUCAGUUCCUGCCAAGCUCGUGCAGCAGUAAGGACCGCGAGCGUUGGGAGGGAAUCCGGCUUUCCUCCCAGCACGCUGUGCUGGAGAUGUUGGAGAAAAUGGAGCAGGAGAAGAAGAGUGAAUCUGACACCACCUCCACUGAGGUACCAAUUGUAACUCGCAAGGACAAUCCCUUCCUAAGUCCUCAUGGCAAACAGAAAGCCGAAGAGGAAGAGAGUGAUGAGGAGGACAAGGGGCGGUCAGUUGUCCCAAACGUACAGAAGGACGAUCUUGCCAGAAGGCGAACUCGUAUCGGGUCCCUCCCACAAAAGGGUCCUCGUCAGUCAUUGGCCCAGACUAGUAUCACUCAGUCGGACCUUGAGAAGUGGCAGAGACUUUCAAUGACCAUCGAGAACAGUGAGGCCGCUCCAGUUGCAGUGUCGAUCAUAACUCGUAAGGAGAACCCCUUCCUGAGCCCCGAGAAAGCAAGGGAGAAAGAGAAUGAUGAGGAUGAUGAGAGAGAGACAGAGGGAGGCGGACAGGCCGCUUUGCCUAAUAUACAGAAAGAUGAUCUGGCUAGGAGGCGGGGUCAGACUGGGGCCCUCCCACUUCGGGAUCAUCAGCAGUCAUUGGCUCAGACGUCCAUGACUCAGUCAGACCUGGAGAAGUGGCAGAGACUGCAGAUGAGCACAGAGAACAGUGACUCGCCCCCUCUGUGUCAGUCCUGCCUCGCUGCCUCGUCAGUGAAGGUUGCCCACAGCGACCCGGCUCGUUGCCAGGGGCGUUCCCGCGGUGACCGCAAGCACGUUGUGACGUUCGGGGGCGUGACUAAGAUGGAGAGCUUUUCCUGGGAAGAGGAAAGACAGGAAGAAGAGUGGAGGAAAGAGGGUGGGAAGGAUGAGUCAGAGAUGCUGCGACGCCUCUUCUCCUCAGCAACUGUUGCCAUGCCCACCGCUGGGAUGAGCUCAGGGCGAGAGAGAGCUGGAGGCUCGAGCACCCCGACCUCACCCCUCAAGUCCGCGCAACCCUUUAUUUCUGACCCCAAACACUCUUUGACCCUUGCGGAGCGUGAGGAUCUUGAGCUGAGGCUGGCUGAGAAAGUGAGGGAUGAGAAGGAGUAUGAGGAAGAGGAGGAGGAGGAAGAGAAAGAAAGACAGCCUGAUGUAAAGAAGGAUGACAUGAUGGCUCGAAGAACUGGACAGUUUCAGAAAGCAAGUGGAAAAGUGUAUUACCAGUUCCUCCCGUUGCCUGGCUCUAAGAAAGAAACAUGUCCAGCGGAUUCGGUUCAGAAAGACAGCAAGAGUGCAUCCAGAGAUCCACUUUUGGAUAGAAACAUAAAAACGAAGCGAUUCAAAAUGGGACAAAGAGUUGAACAGGUGAAACCCGAGUCAAACGUACCAUCACCUGCUGCUCAAAAGGACACAGAAGUUCUUGGCUCAACUUCGACUCGUGCCGAGGUUCAUUGCGGCAGUUUCAAUUACCCUGUUAAUGAUGAGGACUAUAAUGACAGAAGUCCCCUCCCUAACCCGGAGAAAGAUGACAUGCUUGCAAGGAGGACAGGAUCAUACCAAAAUCCAAGUGGGAAUCAGUUUAACGCCUUUCUGCCUAAACCUGGCGGUGUCGACGGCAAAAAGAAGUCUUUGAGUGGGCAGUACCGGUCAAACGUCAAAACCAGCGGACAAGAAAAGAAAAAUACUCAGGAGAGUAACCAUGGCUACAAUCUCAGCCCCACCCCUAGAUCUGUGACCCCGCCCCCAGCAGAUGUUGAUGACAUGCCCAGAAAAUGCCCUCAAAUUCCGGAUGGGGAGAAAGCAGAUACAAUGGGCAUGAUGGGCGGGGAAAUUGAUGUUGUGGGCGGGGCCCAGGCACAAAGACCUUUACUUUUAUCUGACCCUGAUGCACGGCACACGUUUUGCCUGGAUGAUGAAGUUUUCCCUGUGACAUUCAGUCACAAGGCUUCUAGUGUUUCUGAUGAAACCGAGAGCAUCAGUUUGACUGACAUGCGUGACGAAGAGGAGGAUGUGGACUCGCUGUCACCACACAGACAAACACGACAUGAGAGGCUGCACAACCAGUACAACAAACUCAAAGAGGAGGAGGACCAGUGGCAGGAUGACUUGGCGCGGUGGAAGAAUCGAAGGCGCAGUGCAUCUCAGGACCUGAUCAGGAAAGAGGAGGAGAGGAAGAUGAUUGAGAAACUGAUGACGUCGGAGGGACGUUCUCAUCGCAAGAAGAGCAUCAAAACUUACAAAGAGAUUGUGGAGGAGAAGGAGCGUCGAGAGCAGGAGCUGCACGAGUUAUACUGCCAAGCCUCGACUCCCGAAGAGAAAGCAGCCAUAUUACAGCGCUAUGCCCUCCGCUUCACCAUCAGCGACGCCAUAUUGGAGAAACUCCAGCUUCCAAAACUCCCAUCUGUCGCAACACUCCAAUCGGCAUACGCACUGAACGAAGAAGCCGAACGUCCAGAGUCUCAGACAUUCACUGAAAUAGAAACAGAUUCUAGCGACCAGUACUUUAAACAAAUCACACACCCUAUUAUGCACAGCCACCUCAACACUCCAGAUUUGACACCUAUCCAAUACUCUAGAACUCCAGAAGUCCCACUUUAUUCAGAUAUCCCCCUCUCAGUAGUCCGAGACUCCAAAACGGCAGAAGUCCAACUUUCUCCAGUCCGAGACUCCAAAUCGGCAGAAGUCCAACUUUCUCCAGUCCGAGACUCCAAAUCGCCGGCAGUCCAACUUUCUCCACUCCGAGACUCCAAAUCGGCAGAAGUCCAACAUUCUCCAGUCCGAGACGCCAAAUCGCCGGCAGUCCAACUUUCUCCAGUCCGAGACUCCAAAUCGCCAGCAGUCCAACUUUCUCCAGUCCGAGACUCCAACUCGCCGGAAGUCCAACUUUCUCCAGUCCGAGACUCCAAAUUGCCAGAAGUCCAACUUUCUCCAGUCCGAGACUCCAAAUUGCCAGAAGUCCAACUUUCUCCAGUCAGAGAUUCCAAAUCGCCAGAAGUCCAACUUUCUCCAGUCCGAGACUCCAAAUUGCCAGAAGUCCAACUUUCUCCAGUCCGAGACUCCAAAUUGCCAGAAGUCCAACUUUCUCCAGUCCGAGACUCCAAAUUGCCAGAAGUCCAACUCUCUCCAGUCAGAGAUUCCAAAUCAUCAGAAGUCCAACUUUCUCCAGUCCGAGACUCCAAAUCAUCAGAAGUCCAACUUUCUCCAGUCCGAGACUCCAAAUCGCCAGAAGUCCAACUUUCUCCAGUCCGAGAUUCCAAAUCAUCAGAAGUCCAACUUUCUCCAGUCCGAGACUCCAAAACUCCAGACGUCUCCCUCUCACCUUCCCUUGAUUUCAAAACCUUAGAAGCCCCUCUUUCUCAGAUCAGAACAACCAAAACACCUGAAUUCCCUCUCUCGCCUGUUCGGAUACCCCCUGUGCCGUCCAGACCUGUGCCAUUACUCACACCAAAACCAUACAGCCAGCCCAAAUUUAAUCAGCCUUCUUAUAAGCAAGUUAAGAAUGAUGGACUGGUGCGUGUGAAUGGUGACUCCAUUGUAGAGGACACAAGAGAGAGCCCAGUGAGACCCGUUUCCUUCACCCCAACACCACCGAAACCAAGUCCGUGUCCUCAGCGUUCGUCAGAAAUCUCAGCAGGAAGUGAAACCACAGCUCAGGAGUGCACUCGGACCAUACCCAUUCAAAAAAGCGAACAUGUUAAAGAAGAGAAUGACAGUCACAGCAGUCCAGUUACAAAGAGUACAGAGGACAAGACUUCCAAAACUCUCACAGAUUCUGAACUAACAGGAAAGCAGACCGUCCCUGCUCCAGCAGUGAAGCUCAACUGUGUGGUGAAGACGACCAUCGUGACGGAGCUUAGAGAAACACACUCGCUCCCCACAACAGACGCUCCUAUUGCUGACCAGAUGAGCUGUUCAGACGGAUUAGGCCAGAAAUCUGAUGAGAUUUCCUUCACUGAGUCCAGAAACGCUGACGUUACCUCCUACUCACUUACUCUGUCAGAUGGAUUCGACUUCACCAGCGAAUGUAUCGAAACCCCAAUCUUGAACCUUGCAAAGAGGGUCAAUCACUGGACGUGGGACCCUAACGAAGAGCGUAAACGGCAGGAGAGGUGGCAGCAGGAGCAGGAGCGCCUGCUACAGGAGAAGUAUGAGCAGGAGCAGCAGAGACUGAAGCAGGAGUGGGAGAAAGCUCAGAGGGAGGUAGAAGAAGAGGAACGGAAACACCACGAAGAGGAGCGACGGAUCUUGGAGGAAACGGUGGCCCCGCUGACCCCGCACUCGUCCUCUGGUGUGACGGAAGCUCCGCCCGCUUCCACAACCCCUCACGACACCAUUGUGCUGUCAUUGGCUGACUGGGAGAGGAAACAGGAAAUGCUGGAGAAAGAGGCAAAGAUGAACCAGAGAAAUGGUUUAGAGCACAGAUCUGACCAGACAGAAGUGGUGUCACCUCCACAACAGAAUGACCAGGGAGCAGAACUUCAAGAAAGUCAGUCAGCUACACCACAGCUGCAGUUCAUACAGGAUGGUUCUUGGCGCUGCAAAUCAGAGAGCAGACAGGAGUGGAAAAAAACCGCCUCCCUGGACCGGAAUGUGAGCCCUUCACAGAGUCAGCCUCCGAGGAUGAGGAGGUCUGGGUCGUACGAAAACAUUUUAGGGAUACACACAUCUCCAUCAUCACAAGACACAUCACCCUCAUCUUCAGACAGGUCAGUGAGCGCGAAGAAGCUGUGCUCCAGCUGCGCACAGCCUCUGGGGAAAGGAGCUGCUAUGAUCAUCGACACUUUGGGCCUUUACUUCCACAUCCAGUGUUUUAAGUGCGGUGUGUGUAAAGGGCUGCUUGGUGACACGAGUACAGGAACCGAUGUCCGGAUCCGGAACGGUGUUCUCAACUGUCAUUCGUGCUACAUGAAAUCUCGUGCUGCUGGUCAACCCACCAUGUUAUAAAGUGUUUUUGCACCCGAAUUGAAGAGGAACUGAAAUAUUUGCCAAUCCCGCAGAAACCUGGGCCAUCUUCACGAUGAACACUUAAUUACACAUAAUUCUAUUUCAUAACAUUUAAAAAAAAAAACAACAACAAAAAAAAAUAAGCACAAAUCGCCUUUUGACACAAAGAGAUAAAACUGGAACGUCGUGGGGUAUUUGGAUGAUAUUUCUGUGUGAAGCUUACGGGGUUUUUUUCAAUUGCUGAAAAGCAUCGGUCAGUACUGAAGCCACUUUUUCAAAACUCUUCAUAUAGUCCGCAUUACCGACAUGCAUCUUGGCCAAACAGUUCAUCUCAGCUCCAAAACUCACUCAAACCACCAAAAGCCUUCAUACAUGUCUCAGUAGAAGCUCGUUCGACCAUAACACACUGACCUAAAAAACACUAACAGGGAGCGUUACAUAAAUGACGAACUUUUAUCUUUGACGUUUGAAUGCUUUCUCACAUAAAUCAGUAUUUUAUUUCAGAAUAAGAAUAACACCUUUUCACUUUAUUGACUGUACUAAAGUAAAGA